AUGGGAAUUGGAUUUCCGACGAGUUUCUUGGUGUGUUUUGUGCGUUCUGUUGGCAUAAUCUUUCAAGGUUUGUGGCUUAUGUUCAUGGGGUUCAUGCUUUUUACACCUGGUUAUCAACCCAAAGGUUGUUUCAUGAAACUCGAAGGGGAUCAAUAUGUUGUUAGGUGUAGUGAUGAAGAGGCUCUUCAUCGUGCAGUUUCAUUGAUUAAUAUUCAUUUCAGUUGGUUCUUGGUUGGUGUCACUGUUUUUGCAGUGUCGUUCUACUUGAUUAUGGCUUUAUGUUAUGGUGGAAAAACAGUGGAGUAUGUAUCAUUGAUGAAGGAGGAACAUUACUGUGAUGAAGAUGGCUUGAAAAACUUCAAUGUUGAGUCACAAUGUCAAGAGAUCAUCGCAAGCAAGAGCAGCAAAUUUGAAGAACUUGGCGAAGUUAAAUAA